GUCCUCACGCCACAUAUAAGUAUAAGGGUCUUGUCAUUGUUCCAUUAGCAAAAAACUGAGAGAAUGAGUCAACCAAAGGAUCAUUCAGCCAGAAAGAUAACCUUCUCAUGGGAAAAAAAACCUGGUGUGUCCAAAGUAACAAGUGAAACUCUCAUCCCAGAAGAGGAAGAGUUUUUGGCGAAGUUGCCACCCCCUCCUUGUACACCAGAAGAAGCCACUCCCAAAAACCAUGUUCAUAAUUUCCAAAUUCCACUUCCUCCUUGUGCUUUUCAGCCUCCUUUUUACAGAACUUCCUCCAAGAGGGGUCUCUGGUUUCAGGACAGAGACCCUUUUCUAGCAGCUUUCAAAGAGUGCACCAAGAAUCAGAAAAGUGGCAACAAGGUGAACAAAAAGUUUAUCAAACAUGGAAUCGAGUCGAGGGUAAGGAAAAGCAUGUCCUUUUUCUCAUGUACCAGAUCUUGCACCGUUCAUGACACCAAUUUACUCAGGAUCUCUCAUCUAGAUGAUGAUUGAUAUGUUGUAACUUCUUAAUCUGGUGUUCUAUUGGGGUGAUUCCUGCACAAGUUACAAGUGAAGGUAUAUAUGGUAUAAUAGAUGUGUGAAGAAUAAUCAAAGUUGCAAUAUUUCUGCUGCUGUUAUGUAUGCUUUCUGUAUGAUGAUGGUUGCUGAACCUUAUGCUAUCGAUAGCCAUUGUUGACUAGAAAUUCAAAGGCAGUGGUAAAUGUAUGACUUUGCAAAAAGGCUAUAGUUAUUUCUAAAUACUACUUGUUGUGUAGGUGUAGUUGAUAACCUGCUAUGGCUUAUUUCACAGUUCAUGUAAUUUUGCUUUUAUCUGCGUAGGAAUUGAACAUGUUAGAGAACUUCAUAGGGGCAAGUUUAAAUUUAUGAGAUAUGUUACCUUAA